ACGUGUUGACCGGGAAAAAAUCAAACGAAGCCAGCAAUUGAAUUUCAGCCGCGAUCCACACAAGUACGGAGCUUAAAAAUAGUGAGUAAUAGAAGAGUCCGUGCGAGCGUAUUUAAAACAAGGAAACAAAUUCCAACGCUCCCGUGACGCAAAAUGCUGUAGAAAUUGAAAGUCAAAUGAAUUCUGUACAAAACUGUGUGUGUGCGUGUAAUUCAAGCGUCAAUUUUUUGAUGAUAAAAUUUGCCUUCGCUUAUACAUGUGUGCGUCGUUGAGCAUAUGAGCCUGUGAUAGUGUGUGUUGGUGUGAGCGCCGAGCAUAAGAAAAACAACAACAACAGCGACGCUUAGCGAAAGAGAGGAACAAAGAGAAGACGAGACAAGACUCCAUCUUAGCAAACGAAGAAAGGAACAAAAAGGAGCUCACGAUGGCCAGUUUCCAUAUCCAUCAAGACGUUAGCAACAAGGAGAAUCCGGGCGUUACGAUUCCGGCCGGAGUGAAAAACGCCAAGCAACCGCUGGGUGUAAUCGCUGCGAAAUCGGAGAAAAAUGCGCUUGCGCCGCGGUCGAAUUUCGCCGUGCUCAAUGGCAACAACAAGCCGCGUCCGACCGGGAAAGUGCAAGUCUUCCGUGACGUAAGGAACCUCAAUGUCGAUGAAAACGUGGAAUAUGCCGCCAAGAAAUCGAAUGUGGUGCCCGUGGUGGAGCAGUUCAAGACCUUCUCCGUAUACGAGGAUAACUGCGACACUCAGGUGGCGCCACCCGGCAAAUCAUUGGCCUCCAUGGCCGAUAAAGAAAACCAAUACGCCGUAAAGAUUGAUGGGGUGGAAAAGGAGCUAGUUGGCUGUGAUCUGGAUGGCACGCCCAUGUCCGUCACGGAUUUAAUGUCACCCAUGUCCGUGGAUCGCUCGGUUCUUGGUAGCAUACAGUCAACCGACGACAUCGCAUCGGGAGCCACGCCAGGUGAACAAGUCAAGGAGCUGCCUCCACGCAAUGAUCGCGAACGGUUCUUCGAAGUGGUCCAGUACCAAAUGGACAUACUCCAGAAUUUCCGGGAGAGCGAGAAGAACCAUCGCCCGAAGCCACUCUAUAUGCGCAGGCAGAAAGACAUUAGUCACAAUAUGCGCUCCAUCCUGAUUGAUUGGCUGGUGGAAGUUUCCGAGGAGUACAAACUGGACACUGAGACGCUCUACCUAUCCGUCUUCUAUCUGGAUCGCUUCUUGAGCCUGAUGGCGGUGGUUCGCUCAAAAUUGCAGCUGGUGGGCACAGCAGCCAUGUAUAUUGCCUCUAAAUACGAGGAGAUCUAUCCUCCAGAUGUCGGUGAGUUUGUGUUCCUCACUGACGAUAGCUACACCAAGGCCCAAGUGCUGCGCAUGGAGCAGGUCAUCCUGAAGAUUCUCUCCUUUGAUCUGUGCACACCAACUGCCUAUGUCUUUAUCAACACGUACGCGGUGCUGUGCGACAUGCCCGAGAGACUGAAGUUCCUCACGCUGUACAUAUCCGAAUUGUCGCUGAUGGAGGGCGAGACGUAUUUGCAAUAUUUGCCCUCACUGAUGUCGUCUGCAUCACUUGCAUUGGCUCGUCACAUUCUGGGCAUGGAGAUGUGGACGCCGCGGCUGGAGGAGAUCACUACCUACAAACUGGAGGACAUGAAAAUUGUGGUCCUGCAGCUUUGUCAAACCCACAAAUCGGCGAAGGACCUCAACACGCAGGCCAUGCGGGAAAAGUACAAUAGAGACAAGUACAAUAAGGUAGCUAUGAUCGAAUCAAUUGAGCUGACCAAGGAGGACUUUGAUCAGCUCAACCAGGCCUACAAUGCCAAGCAAAAUGAGAAGCAGCAGCAACAACAGCAACAGGAGGUCAAUUCCAAAUCGAACGUGAAUUUGUUUUAUAAGUUUUAAGUGUUUAGUGCCGCUGCCAUGGUCAAAUUUUAUUUUAGUUUAGUGUUUCCAUGUACCAUUUCGUAGUUUUAGAUUUAAGUAUACACAAAAUGGAGGAAUCGAAUCGAAUCGCAGUUCGGUGCCACAAAAACCAGUUGCAUCCAAGCUCUGCAUUGGUUGGUCGAUUGGCAAGCUCCCGUAACAAAACAAACAAGUACUGGACAAUUCUAUAUGCGCGCCAUAUAGAAGAUUAGUUGCCAACAAGUACGCACACUAUCCACCAUCAAACAUUCACGUCUGUCCACGGUGAGAGCUUGCCACGCCAAGCGUGAGCAGAAGGAACUGCGGCAGUCUUGGAAAUCCAACCGACCAACAACGAGCCAAACGAAAAAGCAGAAGACCGACCCUCCAGCAUUCACAUUCUGCUAAGGCUACCGAUAUUUUAUAUAUUUUACGUUACCGCUUCAACAAUCUCUGUUCUCUAUGUAUUUAUAAAUUGAAUCAUGUGAAUGUAUACAAUGUGUCUUUAGCAGAAACAGCUAGCUUGAGGAAUUAUUUUACACAAACAUAUUUAUAUACUAACUAUUAGGCCAUGAAUGUUCUGUGAACCACGAAACAAAUACAAUCGUAAAUUUUACAAAAGA